AUGGACCUUGACACUGGAGAUUCCCCGUGGGGCGAUGAGCCGUCGCGGUCGGUGACUAGCCAUGCCGCAGCGAAGCAGGAUACCCACGAUAAUGGUGUGUUCGGCCCUUCAAAUCCCUCCAUAAACGUUUACCCCUCACUAACCAUGGCGUUGUCUCUCCUUGCAGCUCCCGGCCAGGCCACGCCAUCAGCUGGAAGCCCCGAAGUCCGGACACCCGGAAGACGAGUGCCACGAGGAACGCGAAAGAUCAGCGCGCAAGCGACACGAUUGGAAGCCGUCGACAACACCGUUGACCCUCUGGGCCCGCUCGGGGAAUCGACCCCCGAUAUAACCGCAACUCCUACUGAGGAAGCCCCAGCCCCUCCGCAGAAAGAAGCGCUUGCCGCUAGAAGCCCGCAACCGCCCUCGACUUUCGCCCAGAUACCAGGCGCUACUGGCCUUGCCGACUCGGUACAACUUGAAGAAGAUGGCGCCGGUUUCCGUGGCCCUCCGCCUGUACAGCCUCCCGCCGAUGUCGACGGACCUAAGCGGCAGACGCAGCCAAGCAUGAGCAUUGAGCAAGCUGCGAAGCCCACAUUUGAUAUUAGCGUUGGAGACCCACACAAAGUCGGAGAUCUGACGAGCAGUCACAUUGUCUAUCAAGUUCGGACCAAGACGACAUCCAAGGCAUACCGUCAGCCUGAGUUCGCGGUUAGCCGUCGGUAUCGUGACUUCUUAUGGCUAUACAACUCCCUUCACAACAACAACCCCGGUGUGGUCGUUGCUCCUCCGCCCGAGAAGCAAGCCGUGGGGCGGUUCGAUACAAAUUUCGUCGAGUCGCGACGAGCAGCGCUCGAACGCAUGCUGAACAAGAUUGCUGCCCACCCGAUUCUCCAGCAUGACGGCGACUUGAAGAUCUUUCUUGAAAGUGAAGCCUUUAACGUGGACAUUAAGAAUAAGGAGAACCGGGAGCCUGAUCUUGGACAGAGCAAGGGCAUGUUUAGUGGCUUCGGUAUCUCGGUUGGUGGAGGCGGCAAGUUUGUUGAGCAUGACGACUGGUUCCAUGACCGAAAGAUCUACUUGGACGCGCUUGAGAAUCAGCUCAAGGCACUCUUGAAAUCCGUGGACACGGUGGUCGCGCAACGCAAAGGACUCUCUGAGGCUGCAGGCGAUUUCUCAAGCUCGCUUCACGCCCUGGCUGCCGUUGAGCUUUCCCCCGCGUUGGCAUCUCCCUUGGACGGUCUAUCCGAGCUUCAAUUCCGAAUUAAAGAACUCUACGAACGUCAAGCUCAGCAGGAUGUGUUGACUUUGGGAAUUACAAUUGAUGAAUACAUUCGUCUGAUUGGUAGCGUCAAGACCGCUUUCUCCCAACGACAAAAGGCCUUCCACAGCUGGCACGCUGCAGAGUCGGAUCUGCAGAAGCGCAAAAACACCCAGGAAAAGCUCCUUCGUCAGGGCAAGUCUCAGCAAGAUCGAUUGAACCAGGCCAACGCCGAUGUUGCCGAUGCAGAGCGCAAGGUACACCAAACCAGACUUUUGUUCGAAGAUAUGGGUCGCUUGAUGCGGAACGAGCUGCAAAGAUUUGAGAAGGAGAAGGUGGAGGACUUCAAGUCCGGUGUGGAGACGUUCCUGGAGAGUGCCGUUGAGGCUCAAAAGGAGUUGAUUGAGCUCUGGGAAACCUUCCUCAUCCGUCUAGACGCUGGGGAGGACGGUCUACCAUAUUACGUGCCUGAGUCUGGGCCCGGUGAGACUGGCGAGGCACCCGUGCCCGAGUCAACGACAUCCGCCGCUGAGCCUGCAGCAGCGCCUGAAGACCAAGACGAAGAAUGA